AUGGCCGCGCUGUCAGGUAGCUCUUCUGAGUGCUGCACACUCAAAAAGACCCUAAACAGGUUAUUAUCCAACACAUCUUCCUCCCCGAGAGCGCGAACCCGCUCGGAGCCGCUGUACGUGAUCUCUCUGGAGCGCUAUGGCAGAGACGCGGACUUCGCGCUUCGUUUCCCGGACAGCAUUUCCAUGUCGGAGAGCCUGUUUGACGCCACUCUCACGGAUGGAGACUGUAAGGUCCGUGUGUCUCUGGAUCCCGCUGUGAACAGACUCAUCAGCGUCAACGCGCUCCACUGCGGCUCCGUUAUACGGCACGUGGAGCUCAGCCGCGGGGAAGAUAGCGCGUCUUUUCAUGUGUGCAGUCUGGAGGUGGACAGACUCUCCGGAGGCGAUGCGGCUCUGAGGGCGCUCUCUUCCGUCAAUGUGAGGGCCAUUCCGUGGACGGGAGCAGAGCCAAGCGCAGGUCCGCUCAGAGCGCGCAGAAGCUCCUAUCUGCCGCUGUGGAAUAAUCACGACUUCUGUGGAGAGAUGUGGCGGGACACGGCUCCCUCUGAACCCGACGCGGAGGAGGACUCGGAGGAGGAGAUAGAGGAUAUUGGGUCCACGGUUUCCCUCGCAGAAGUACGCAGACAUUUCUUGAGUGGAUCGCGGCGCUACCGGGGCGCUUUGUGUGUGCGGAUCCUCCACAAAUCCAGACUGAUUUAUUUCGGGAAAGCAGAUCAUAAAUGUGAAUGUCCCUAUAAGGCAGAGCUGCAGGUUGGUGACGGCUCAUCCAGUGCCUGUGUUGUACUGUGGAACACAGUCUGUCUGGAAUGGUACCGAAUCCUUCAUCCGGGUCAAGUUGUAAGAUUGUGUCGCUACAGAGUCAAGGAGAGCUACAGCAGCCGCACGGGGCAGGAUUCAGAGCCACACAUUGAGAUCAGUCUUAAUUCCAGGAACCCCGCUGCUCAGAUAACUAUCAUCCCCAAGAACCAGGUUUCACCAGAAUGGGUUUUACCAGACCUGCCUCAUGCAUUCAUCUGUGGACAGGAGCUUCCAAGUUGUCCACAAGGCCACAUUUGCGACAUCAUCGGUGUUGUGAUCUUUGUGGGUCGACCAGAACGUGUCAGGAGGAAAGAUGGGCAAAGGGCUGAAAUCGAGGAGUAUCGGUGGCUUCAGCUGGCAGACAGAACAUCAGACAAGCCAGUCAUGAUCAAGCUUUUCUCCACAUCACAGCCUGACAUUCAAAGCCGUGUCUAUCCAAUGGCACUGCUUGUCUGCACUAGACUAAAGCUGAUCAGGAGUGCAGUUGACAGAGCUACAUCUUUUGAAUAUCUUACCAACACAUCGCUGACCCAGGUUUACUGCACAGGCACAGGGUCUCACCCCGUGAUGCCGUACAGAGGGUUACGGCCCGUCCGGCAGUUCCUCCACUGGCUGAAGCAGGUGGACGAGGGCAGUCUGCUGGGGAGAGCUGUGAUUGGAGGAUCUUUCAGCUACCCACCACUUCCUGUUUCAUUACAUAACUUCAUGGAAAACAGACACGGGGAAGCUGGUCUCAUCAGUGGAGGAGAGAUGAAAUUAGAAUGUGAGAAGUUAAUUUAUAGAGAGAAACGGCAGUUUGCCAUUCAGUGUGUCAUCACUGCAGCCUGCUACCAUCAUAGAGAGGACAGUGGGCGAACACAGUUUUCAGAUCUUCCAUCAGCUCCACUCAGUCCUAGAGUUCGACGGCAAAGAGAGGGGUCUGAACCUAACAGGACACCUGUGAAGCGGAAACUGUUCAGCAGUACUAGUCCUAGAAAGAGGUUGGCACCACCUCUGCAACCGCUCGCAACGGAGGAUGAUGCAGAGAGAGAUUUUUCGCUGUUUGAUGGCGCCAUGGAGUUUCUAGUCGGAGAACAGGAAGAUGACAGUAAUGAUGAAGAUGAAGAUGAAGACUUCUCGACGCCGCCCACUAGUCCCAUGACCUCCCGCCUGGGGCUGACACGUGUCGCCAGUGAAACUUUGCCACGGGUUUUUUGUUAUGAGCGGCGACACGUCCAGGCUGUUGCUGUGGGGCUGCAGGUUAACACCUUUCACAAGCUCCUCCCACAGAGAGAACUUGAGUCAUUUAGCCCCGCCUCCUGCUACACUGGCUACUUCACUCUGACAAUGAGAGCUCUAUCAGAUGCAGUGAUGCUUGAUGUUCUUUUUCUGCCUGCUGCUCCGGGAAACUUGCACUGGAUGCCCCUCCCACUUUCACACAAUAACUCCUGGGAGUCUAUCCUAUCACAUGGAGGCUUUUCACCACAUGCCCCGCCCCCAAGCCCAGCUGACUUGAUCGCCACAGCUAACCAGUUGACCAAUCAAAGACUCCUGUGUGUUUUAGAUGCAUGUGCAUUAGGAGGAGAGAAGGUGGAGCUGGUAUUAAACCGUGCAUUUCCUUUACGUUGAUAGAAUCCUUUUAAAGAUGAAGGGACAC